UGGCAACUACUUGGUGCGCGUCCGCGCUCAGGUGAUGUCCCGCGACGACAGCUCCGGCGGUUGGGUACCGUUGGGCGGCGGCGGUCUCAGCAACGUAUCGGUACGGAAGCGGCCUCGUCCGACCGCCGCCGCCGGCCAACAACCGCCGCCCGCCUCCGAUCAAACGUCGAAGCCGAAGCACGACUAUCUCAUCUACGGGAAGAGGAUCAGCGACAAUUCGAUUGUAUUGAGUUGUACGAUAAAAAAGGACUUCGUCUACAACAAAGUGAUGCCGACUUUUCAUCACUGGAAAACCGGAGACAAAAAGUACGGUCUGACGUUUCAGGCGGCGGCCGACGCGAGGGCAUUCGAUAAGGGCGUGAAAACGGCCAUACAGGACCUGCUCGACGGUAAGCUUCAGGCAUUGCGGACACGUCUCCUACAUCACCUCUGCCCAAAUACCCCAAAGACGUUGGCGACGAUGACGUAUUUAUGACAUUAGAUCUACCGCAAGAUCCGAAGGAUUCUCGAAGCUCGAGCGAUUCGAGUACCAAAGGUACGGAACACCUGCACCGUGUGACGUACAUCGGUCGCGAUAACAAACCGUUGGAUUCCAGAUUGCCCGCCUACGAUCCCAACAAAUCGGCCAAAGAGGCGCAGAGCGGUCAAGGAGCCGGCGAGAAUUAUCCCUACGUUCAACUGACGGCCGUGCACGAGUACAAUUACCCGUCGGACGAGCAACAGAAACCGGCGUCGUUGCGUCGCGACGAUUCGACGUCGAGCUUGAAGAAAUGCAACAUCGGCGCGGAGAUGAAUCCGCCUCAACAGCCUCCGUUACCUUACAAGGCCGUCAAGCACAAGGGCAAAGUACAAAUACGAUGUCGUCAUUGUCACGAGCUAUACACCGAAGAGAGGAAUCGGAGGGGCGCGUGCGAGUACGCGCCCGAUCUGGUGAGAUCGACGAUAAAUCGCAUCACGUGCAUCGAAUGCGCCCAAUGCAUCGACUAUCAUUGCGCCGCCGAUCAGGAGGGCGAUUUCGCCCAACAUCCGUGCGAUUGUUCGGGCGACGAGAACUGCACGAAACGGUGGUGUUGCUUGACGUUUCUGUCGGUGUUGGUGCCGUGCCUGUGGUUGUAUCCGCCGUUGAAGUUGUGCCAUUGGUGCGGCGUCAAAUGCGGCGCCUGCGGUGGCCGGCAUAGCAUGUGA